AUGGAGUCAUUGAAAUAUCCGUCACCAGAGACUAUUCUUAGAACAUGCAAGAAAAAGAGGCUAAUACCCACUCCAAACUCAUACUACAUGGACGUUAAGUGCAGCGAGUGCGAGAAGAGAGUCACAAUCUUUUCCCACUCGCAGACUGUGAUCUCCUGCAAAUCAUGCAGCACUAUUCUUGCUAAGCCAUCGGGCGGAAAGGCAAAGUUAACAGACGGAUGCAAAUUUAAGAUAAAGCCAACAUACUAA